CAAGAAACGAUACUGCUUCACUAUUUUCUUUGAACAAAGGUUAAGAAAAGUGCAGAUUAGAUGAAACGCCCUAGGCUCAGUGUGGAUGGAGUGUGUGUGGUUCUAGACUGGCCUGCACUUAACUCGACUUUCACAGGUUAACAGCCUCUUUGAUUAAAGCAUUUCACUUGAUGCUCAGAGACCUUUUUGAGGUCAGUCUUGUGAGGAAGAAGGAUUUGCACCUUUAAGGGCUGCAUGCCAAACUCACACACACACACACACACACACCAGAUCAGAAGAAUGCAUCCCAGACUCAUUCACAUAACGAAUGCUGACAGCAUACCUGACCUCUUCAGCUAACUGGCGCCUUUCCUUACAUUUUUUAAAUCUUGACCAAGGAGAUAAAAUGAAGAACAUUUCGCUUCCAUCAAGGCUGUUUAACAGGAAUUCGGCAACAAGGUCGCUUGGAACUCCGAGUUCAGCAAAAUACCAACUACAUGUCGACUGCAUGGAUCAAUCCGGCUGUGAUGACGGCCAGAAAGCGUUUGAUGACAGCAGACCAAAUGAGAGGCGACACAGAGAAAUACACUUCUCCAUUGGACCAGAGAAGUAUGAGCCUUUGAUGGAUGAUGAGGUGAAAGAGAAGAAAAAGAAUGAAAACUACAAGAAAGUGAAGAAGAAUGUUGGAAAGGCACUUCGUACCACCUGGAAGUGUUUGAUGCUUGGCUUUUAUAAUUUUGCCCUCGCCUACUCGACUCCAAUCACAGUGGCUGCUGCUUUUUCUCCUGAUUUUCACCAUGACAGAAGCAGGACAUAAGCUACAAUGCAUGGAUUCAGAUUUUACUGUAUAAAGCUGAAAACAAGAGACUCUGACCAGACUUUUUAAUUAUAAUAUGUUGGUGCAUUUGGAAAUGUAUACAUUUAAGUAUGUCUGUUUUUAAGUUGAAUGUAAAGAAAAUAUUGUUUUUUAUUCCUUUGAUUAUUUACUACAGUAAUAUGAUUAAAUUUACUUUGAAAAGCACAUCAAACAGAUAGCCAAGCUAAGGAUUAGCUUAAGUAGUUUUAUCAUUAUUGAAAAUUAUUUUCAUGUGGAAUCUGUCAGAUAUUAGCAAAUGUGUUGACUCAAGAGGUCAGUGAUAAGUAUGUAUUUGUAAGUGAUUAAGUUGGGACAUUUUUAUGAGUGGGACAAAUGAGGAGAAGCAGAGAGUGAUUAAGAAAAGAAAAGCUUUGUGAUUCCAUAGAAAAUAUCCCUUUAAUAAAUAGUUAAUAAAUGUACAAAAGAGAAAAAGACAUUUCUGCAUUAUCAAUAAGUGUACAGCAACAUAAAAGUACAUUUGAACGUCUUUUGAUCAGCAAACUGUAAAAAGGUCUAAUGAAAAUAAAGUUUUAAGUUUGUUUACAUUUUGAAACCAA